UGUAAACCGCUUUUCGAGUUGAGUAUCGGACAUCUACAUCCUCCCUUUCCCGUCAUCUGAACACGGCAAGCUGCUGCACACAAUGCCAAGACCGCCGCCACGGAACAAACUACGCUCCUUCAAGGACCGAGCUAAUGGGCUUUUCAAGAAGGGUGCCGAGCUACAUCACCUUGACGAUCUUACCGAAGUUCAUGUUAUAGUGCAAAGGGAGGGGUCCAACCCGCUGAUCUUCACGUCUUGCGAGCAGGGUAUCGGCAGUUGCGUAAGCCAGGAAUGGGUCGACGCUCAGUGUGCUAUCAUCAAACGCCCUGCAAACUUCCAAUCACUUAGUGAGGGAAUCGAGAUGGGCCGAGCCCUAUAUGUCCCAGCGGAUCUGUUAUCACAACCGUCGUUGGGGUCUUCACCUUCUGCGAAUAGCUCCUUGAGUAUGCCUCGCACACCUCCGCAGGACCUUGAAGACUUGCUCCCCCGCUACGAUACCCCAGUCAACCAAACCGAUACUGAGGAAGGCUUGCGCCCUCCACUUCCCGUACACACUAGGCAAGGAACUCGCAGCUGCACGCCAACCCCGUUGCCUCCAACUGCAGCCUUGGGGUUAUUACCGUCUAAACGUCUUUCCGACUCUACUGUCUCGCCUGCUAAGAGGCAGUCUUAUGGGUUUUAGGCACGGGCUAUGUACAAUAACUGUUCCUACCAUGUAGAAUACAAUCC